CUUGAGUGCUUAGAGCCUCCACCCGGCCAGCGCGGGUCUGCGUGACCGCAUUUUGCUCUGUAUGAGCACAAAAAAGAUGCAGAAGGGCUGCCGAUAGCUCGCACGAUGUGGCGCCUCCUCUGGGCAGCCACCAGCCUGGCAGCGGCCGACCGCAUGGACCCCGGCUGGGUCGAGCCCGGCUGGCGCUGCGCGGCGCACGACCGAGCGGCGCCGUGCCUCGACCUCUCGACGUGUCGACGCGGCGCGGCGCGGCGCAAGGCGAUCGUCUCGGUCUUCGACGCGCACGGCGACACGUCGGCGACGCUCCAGGGCUUCGUGAAGCAUCGCGAGCGGCUGGCGAAGCGGGCGCGGGCGGCCGGCGUCGACGCGAUCUUCGUCCUGCCGCGGCGGGACCUGCAGAACGUGCCCUUCCCGGAGGCGAACGUCAACGGGAUGAAGAAGGCGGGCAUUGAUAUAAGGUACAGCGACUGGGUCGUGCCCCCGAACCUGAGCAAGGGCGUGCCCGUCGAGAGCGGCGGCUGCUGCGGCGCGCGCGAGUUCCUGAAGUUCGUGCCGAUGGGCUACGACGAGUACGACGCCAUCAUGGUCGUGGAUAACGACUACGACCUGGACGACUUCGGGAAGUUCGGGCCGCUCUUCGACUGCGCGGCGGACGGCCACGUCAUCACGACGCGCGCGCCCAUGUCCAUGGUGAACGGCGCGCUGCUCGUCGUGCCGCCGUCCCGGUCCCUGCGAGAUGCCUUGUUGGAAGCGCUCUCGACGGCCACCGUCGAUUAUACGGGCUGGAACAAAACCCCGUGGGGCCCCCUACACCACAAGUGGGACCCGCGCGUCCAGGGCUUCUUCUACUGGUUCUUCUACCAGCAGUACGACGCGCUGGCGGAUCGGCGCUGGCGGCCGGCCCAGGUCGACCCGUGCGUCUGGAACGUGCAGCAGCACCUCGUGCCCAUGUGCCGGGCGGAGCUCUGCGGGAACCGGUCCCUCGGCUCCGGCCACGUCGACGGCCUCCGGAAAUACCGGAAGGGCCUCUGCUAGCCUGUUUGUUGCUUCUAGUAGUAAGAAUGUCUCGCCAUG